AUGGACGACACAGCCCACUGGUACAAGAUGCAGACCCACGAUAUAUCCUUCAUGCCAAUGCCCAACCCCUCACCCUACAUGCAGAGGAAACUACUGCAGGGAGAGAGCCCCUCUAGGAGGUUACAGAGUAGGUCCCAGUCCCAUCACACACCUAACCAUGUCUCCACCAGCACCACACCUAACCAUGUCUCCACCAGCAGCACACCUAACCAUGUCUCCACCAACACCACACCUAACCAUGUCUCCACCAGCAGCACACCUAACCAUGUCUCCACCAGCAGCACACCUAACCAUGUCUCCACCAACACCACACCUAACCAUGUCUCCACCAGCAGCACACCUAACCAUGUCUCCACCAGCAGCACACCUAACCAUGUCUCCACCAACACCACACCUAACCAUGUCUCCACCAACACCACACCUAACCAUGUCUCCACCAGCAGCACACCUAACCAUGUCUCCACCAGCACCACACCUAACCAUGUGUACACCAGCACCACACCUAACCAUGUCUCUACCAUUACCACACCUAACCAUGUCUCCACCAGCAGCACACCUAACCAUGUCUCCACCAGCACCACACCUAACCAUGUCUCCACCAGCAGCACACCUAACCAUGUCUCCACCAACACCACACCUAACCAUGUCUCCACCAGCAGCACACCUAACCAUGUCUCCACCAGCAGCACACCUAACCAUGUCUCCACCAACACCACACCUAACCAUGUCUCCACCAGCAGCACACCUAACCAUGUCUCCACCAGCAGCACACCUAACCAUGUCUCCACCAACACCACACCUAACCAUGUCUCCACCAACACCACACCUAACCAUGUCUCCACCAGCAGCACACCUAACCAUGUCUCCACCAGCACCACACCUAACCAUGUGUACACCAGCACCACACCUAACCAUGUCUCUACCAUUACCACACCUAACCAUGUCUCCACCAGCAGCACACCUAACCAUGUCUCCACCAACACCACACCUAACCAUGUCUCCACCAGUACCACACCUAACCAUGUCUCCACCAACACCACACCUAACCAUGUCUCCACCAGCAGCACACCUAACCAUGUCUCCACCAGUACCACACCUAACCAUGUCUCCACCAGCACCACACCUAACCAUGUCUCCACCAGCACCACACCUAACCAUGUCUCCAUCAGCACCACACCUAACCAUGUCUCCACCAACACAACACCUAACCAUGUCUCCACCAGCAGCACACCUAACCAUGUUUACACCAGCAGCACACCUAACCAUGUCUCUACCAGCAGCACACCUAACCAUGUCUCCACCAACACCACACCUAACCAUGUCUCCACCAACACCACACCUAACCAUGUCUCCACCAGCAGCACACCUAACCAUGUCUCCACCAGCAGCACACCUAACCAUGUCUCCACCAACACCACACCUAACCAUGUCUCCAUCAGCAGCACACCUAACCAUGUCUCCACCAGCACCACACCUAACCAUGUCUCCACCAACACCACACCUAACCAUGUCUCCACCAGCAGCACACCUAACCAUGUCUCCACCAGCACCACACCUAACCAUGUCUCCACCAGCAGCACACCUAACCAUGUGUACACAAGCACCACACCUAACCAUGUCUCCACCAGCACCACACCUAACCAUGUCUCCACCAACACCACACCUAACCAUGUCUCCACCAGCAGCACACCUAACCAUGUCUCCACCAGUACCACACCUAACCAUGUCUCCACCAGCAGCACACCUAACCAUGUGUACACAAGCACCACACCUAACCAUGUCUCCACCAACACCACACCUAACCAUGUCUCCACCAGCAGCACACCUAACCAUGUAUCUACCAGCACCACACCUAACCAUGUGUACACCAACACCACACCUAACCAUGUCUCCACCAGCACCACACCUAACCAUCUCUUCACCAGCACCACACCUAACCAUGUCUCUACCAGCACCACACCUAACCAUGUGUACACCAGCACCACACCUAACCAUGUUUCCACCAGCAGCACACCUAACCAUGUCUCCACCAGCAGCACACCUAACCAUCUCUCCACCAACACCACACCUAACCAUCUCUCCACCAGCACCACACCUAACCAUGUCUCUACCAGCACCACACCUAACCAUGUCUCCACCAACACCUAA